UAGUUUGUUUAAAGUUUGAUUAGACUUGUAAACAUCUCAUAAGCCCAAGCCCAUCUAAGAACUCCCCACAACCUUCCAACAGCAAUACGACGUCGUACUGUUCUCCACCAACCUCCGGCCGGCGGGCAACUUUGAUCGCAAUUUCAACCCAUUUCAGUUAAAAAUCAAAAUCUACUGAUAUUGAUCGAAGAAUGUAUACUGUUAUUCCUCGAGCUUUCAGCUCCAAUUGGGCAUUCAUAAAUGGCGGCGAUUCCCAUUCUUGUAAGAGAUUUCAAAAAUCCCCAAUUGGACCACUUUCGUUUGUUCUUACAACAGGCAACAACAAAAGAUUCAGUUCAUCAUGUCUGAAUCCAGUUUCUUCCUCUUCCCAGAUUCGCCUCAACGAUUCUCAAGCAGCUGAAAAGGAAUCUGUUUUGAUAUUGAUGAGGCACGGAGAAUCGAUGUGGAACGAGAAGAAUCUGUUCACGGGUUGCGUAGAUGUGCCGUUGACUAGUAAAGGAGUCGACGAAGCAAUUGAAGCCGGUAAGAGAAUUCGAAACCUACCUUUAGACAUUAUCUAUACAUCGGCUUUGAUCCGUGCUCAAAUGACAACAAUGCUUGCUCUUACACAACACCACUGCAUGAAGGAUCCGGUGAUUAUGCAUCACGAGACGGAACAAGCAAGAAUAUGGAGUCAGAUUUACAGCGAGGACACCACAAAGCAAACUAUUCCCGUCAUCGAAGCCUGGCAACUAAACGAAAGAAUGUAUGGGGAGCUACAAGGUUUUAAUAAACAAGAAACGGCUGAAAAAUACGGUAAGGAGCAAGUUCAUAACUGGCGUAGAAGCUAUCACGUUCGUCCCCCAAACGGGGAGAGCUUAGAAAUGUGCUUAGGCAGAGCUGUCACCUUUUUCAAAGAACACAUCGAGCCAUUGCUUUGGAGUGGAAAGCAUGUGAUGGUUGUAGCUCACGCGAAUUCUUUGAGGUCCAUAAUUAUGUACCUCGAUAAGUUGACUUCUCGACAGGUCAUCAAUUUAGAGCUGUCGACCGGUGUGCCUAUGCUGUACAUUCAUAGAGAAGGAAACUUUUUCAGGCGCGGAAGUCCGAUUGGUUCUUCCGAGGCUGGUGCUUAUGCUUAUACUGAGAGCUUGGCUUUGUACAGGCAACAAUUAGACUAAACAACUAAACCAAUGAUGGAGAUUAAGAAGAUGCUUCUUGUAAGAGAUUAUGUAUUCUGAGGUAUAUUCUGCUGAAUGCUAUUACAGAGGAUUUUUAUUUGGCGCGUGUGUUGUAUGGUUAUGUUAUGUAAGUCCGAUUUAUUUUUUUAUUAUUUUAGAGGAAAAAAAGAAAUUCUGUUUGGUUUUGUU